GUAUAACAAGUGGAUAAUACUUGUACGCAUAAUAUAAUACUAAUAUAAUCUGAGAUAAGCAUUAUAUGAAGUGUUUUUAAGAAGAAAGAAACGAAAUGAAGCUUGGUUGCGUAAUUUCUGGUUACAAUAAUCUCGUCUCCAUUAAGGAUAGCGUAAAAAGGGAAGAAAAUCAUCAUCAUCAUCAUGAGUUGAAGCUGAUUCCUAUAAUAAAGACAAAACAAGUCAAGUUGUUUUUCAACACCUUCGCUCCUCCUCUUGCCGCUGCUGCCUUUCUUCUCUUUUCUCCAAUUUCCGCCACUCCGGUUUCAAGUGCCCAAACAAUAGAUAUCCAAAGAGGAGCCACAUUGUUUCGCCAAACAUGUAUUGGAUGUCACGAUGCAGGUGGAAACAUUAUUCAACCAGGGUCAACUCUAUACACAAAGGAUUUACAAAGAAAUGGAGUUGAUACAGAAGAAGAAAUCUACCGUGUCACAUACUAUGGAAAAGGAAGAAUGCCGGGGUUUGGUAAAGAGUGCACACCGCGAGGCCAGUGCACAUUUGGAGCUCGUUUAGAAGAUGAAGAGAUCAAGAUAUUAGCCGAGUUUGUCAAGUUACAGGCUGAUCAAGGGUGGCCAAGUAUAGAAACUGGAGAAAAAUGAUUUAACAGUUAACCUCCAUCUUCCAUCUUUGUUUUUAACACUUUUCCAACAAUGACCUCUAUUUCACUUCACAAUGUCCCAUUUUAUUAAACUUGUGAUUCUAUUCUAUUAUUCUUUAAAAUUAAAAUAAGAAAUUAAUUAACCAUUAAAUUUAUUAUCUUAUA